AUGCGCCUAUGCUGGCGCGGGCUGGGUACGGUGGCGCCGGAGGCGAGGCAAAAUACACAUGCUCACAUUAUAACCAUGCUUAGACAUACACAUGCUCACACCCUCGCGCACCCUCACCAUCGGAAGAGGGCCGGUGGCGCCCAGGCUCUGAGCAGCCCCCGCUCCGCCGAGCUUGUGGAGCGGGCGCUGGCGGCUGCGGGGGGGCUGAGGGCGGGGGGGCCCCCCAAGACUGAUACACGCACGGGGGUCAAGAAGGGGGAAGGUGUGUACGGCUACCAGCACAUGGACGCCUGGGAUGUGCUGUGGAGUGUGACGGCCAAGGCGGCUCUCGCGGCGGAUCUGCUCCGAAGCCACCAGAUGCUGGCCAUCAUACCGGGGCUGCUGGCGGUGAGCCGUAAGACAACGCUGAUUCGCAGCUUGCGGGACAUGCUGGGCGAGGCGGCUUGGGACAUAGUGCCCAGGUCGUACAAGCUGCCGGAUGAGCUGGACGAGUGGGGUCAGUGGGUGGCUGCUAACCCUGAUCGAGACAGCUCCCCAGGGUUGUGGAUGCUGAAAAACAACAAGCAGCGCGGCACGGGUCUCCGCCUUGUCCGUACGUCCGAGGCGUUCACCGCCUGCUUCGAAACCAUUUCCCGCCCCGACCUGCCCCCCGGACUCUCCCUCUAUCGCUGGUACCUGGCUCAGCAGUAUGUGGCAAGACCCUUGCUCGUGGGUGAGGUGUUGCGGCAGGUGCGGGCCCCCCCGCACAGCUGUUUCCAGUUCUUCGGACUCGACUUCCUCAUCGAUCAGGACGUCAGGCCCUGGCUACUGGAGGUCAAUGCCACCCCCUCAAUGAAGGUGGAGCACUGCGACCCGCGGGUCGCUGAGCUGAUCUUUCGUCAGAAGUGGGCUGCCGUACGGGAUAUGGUGGGGCUGCUGGGCCUGUGUCCAGCGCGGUUCGAGGAGGGUUCCCCGGUUGGCCCCUCCCUGGACCGCUCCACCCCCGCCUACGCCCUCCAAGAGCUACGCCGCCGGGGGGGCUUCCUGCCCCUCAUGCACCUGCUGCCCCACCCGGACACGUCCACGACGGCGGCGGCGGCGGCGGCGGCGGGGCUCAAGAGGCCGCUGCCGUGGACCCCAGCGGACAGGGCGCUACGGAGGUGUAAGAAUGUAAACAUCAGGUAUAGCCUGCACAAUUAG